CAAUUCAUAAUUUAUUACCUUUCUUUAUACAAAAAAAUAUCUUUCAAGAAAACCAAAACAAGAAACAAGUCGCCACUGUUUCUAAUGGCUUCUUCUUCUUCACUUUCAUCAACUCCUUUCCCAAUCUCUCUUUACCCAAAGACCGUUCGUUCAAAGCCACUCAAGUUUCGAGUUCUCACCCGUCCGAUCAAAGCUUCAGGAUCAGAUCUAGCCGUCGAGAAUCGAACCGGAUCUAAAGAUCUCCCGAUCCGUAGCAUACCAGGAAGCUAUGGUUUACCAAUCGUUGGACCAAUCAGUGACCGUUGGGAUUACUUUUACAACCAAGGACCUGAAGAGUUCUUCAAAUCACGUAUCCGUAAAUACGACUCUACCGUCUUCAGAGUCAACAUGCCACCUGGAGCUUUUAUCGCCGAGAAUCCACGUGUCGUGGCUCUGCUCGACGGUAAAAGUUUCCCGGUUCUUUUCGACGUCGAUAAAGUCGAAAAGAAAGACAUUUUCACCGGUACUUACAUGCCUUCAACAGAACUAACCGGCGGUUUCCGUAUCCUCUCGUACCUCGAUCCGUCCGAGCCGAAACACGCUAAGCUCAAGACAUUGCUUUUCUUCCUCCUCAAGUCAGCUCGAAACCGGAUUUUCCCCGAGUUUCGAGCUACUUACUCGGAACUAUUCGACUCUUUAGAAAAAGAGCUUUCCCUUAAAGGAAAAGCCGAAUUCGGCGGCUCCAGUGACGCAGCUGCCUUUAAUUUUUUGGCCAAAGCUUUCUACGGGACGAAUCCCGCAGAUACUAAGCUUAAAGCCGACGCGCCGGGGCUCAUUACCAAAUGGGUUUUAUUCAAUCUUCAUCCAUUGCUCACUGCUGGCUUACCAAGAAUCAUAGAAGAGCCUCUCCUCCACACGUUUAGUUUACCACCGGCGUUAGUCAAAUCUGAUUACCAAAGACUCUACGACUUCUUCUUCGACUCGGCUGGUGAGAUUCUCGUUGAAGCCGAUAAAUUGGGUAUCUCACGAGAAGAAGCUACACACAACCUUCUCUUCGCCACGUGCUUUAACACGUGGGGUGGGAUGAAGAUACUAUUCCCGAAUAUGGUUAAACGAAUCGGGCGGGCGGGUCAAAAAGUCCAUAUCAGAUUAGCGGAGGAGAUAAGAUCGGUAAUUAAAUCCAACGGUGGAGAACUCACGAUGGGUUCGAUUGAGAAGAUGGAGUUAACCAAAUCAGUGGUUUACGAAUGUCUCCGGUUCGAACCACCGGUUCCGGCUCAAUACGGUAAAGCGAAGAAAGAUCUGGUUAUCGAAAGCCACGACGCGGCGUUUAAAGUAAAAGCCGGUGAGGUUCUCUACGGUUAUCAACCGUUGGCGACGAGAGAUCCGAAGAUUUUUGAUAAGGCGGAUGAGUUUGUGCCGGAGAGAUUCGUCGGAGAAGAAGGAGAGAAGCUUUUGGGGAAUGUGUUUUGGUCUAACGGAAGAGAGACGGAGACGCCGACGGUGGGGAAUAAGCAAUGCGCCGGUAAGGAUUUUGUUGUUUUGGUGGCGAGGUUGUUCGUGAUUGAGCUUUUCCGGCGAUAUGAUUCGUUUGAUAUUGAAGUUGGUAAGUCGGCGUUAGGUAGCUCCGUUAAUUUCUCGUCGUUAAAGAAAGCUAGCUUUUAGGAGCUUAAGGGUAAAUUUGUAAUUUUCAUGAUGUUCGCACGUGUGUAAUCAAUCAAUUUUUUUUUUUUUGCUCGCUUGUGCCAUGUAUCUAUUUUCUUGUUCUAGUUUCUUAUGGAAUUUGAUAAAAUGUUUUAUAUUUGUCACUACUACUGUUUUUAUAAUGUGAUGUUUUUUUAAGA